AUGCGAGCCCGAUCAUCUAGUCAAAUACUAUUUUUCACCCAAUUAAUUCCUGAACUCUUCCGCGACCCCAUUUCAUGCCAGUUUAUUUUAAGCUGCCACUCGGCUGGAGACCCGCCAAGAAAUUAUGAGACGUUCCAGUCCCAGAUGCCUCUGUGUUCCCUUUCUGGGCUGCUGUGGUCGCCCUUCGAGUCUGCGGGGCCUGGCAGGUGGGUGCAGGGCAACCCAGCGGCAGGGCCUAGUCCUGUGUGCGCCGUGGCCGGCCUUCGCCGGGAUCCGACCCCGCCUCUGCGGCUCAGAGAUGGCGUUCCGUACUCGAAGCCAGGAGCAGGAAGGGAGCAUGAUGGGGGCUCGGCGGGCACGAGCCUGCCUGUUUUCCACGAGGAGCACUGGCGAGGACCGCUCCCUCCCCGAGAAAGCCUCUGCCCUCCACAGUCCCCCAGGGCCCGCGCCUCCUUGACCGUGUCUCUCUCCCUCUCUCUCCUCCAAGCGUAUGACACCUGGUGCGGCGUGGCCCAUGGAUGCACCAGAAAACUGGGGCUCAAGAUCUGCGGCUUCUUGCAAAGGACCAACAGCCUGGAAGAGAAGAGUCGCCUUGUGAGUGCCUUCAAGGAGAGGCAGUCCUCCAAGAACCUGCUUUCCUGUGAAAACAGUGACCGGGAUGCCCGCUUCCGGCGCACAGAGACAGACUUCUCCAACUUGUAUGCCAGAGAUCUGCUUCCAGCUAAGAAUGGGGAGGAGCAAACUGUACAGUUCCUGCUAGAAGUGGUGGACAUACUCCUCAACUAUGUCCGCAAGACAUUUGAUCGCUCCACCAAGGUCCUGGACUUCCAUCACCCACACCAGUUGCUGGAAGGCAUGGAGGGCUUCAACUUGGAGCUCUCUGACCACCCCGAAUCCCUGGAGCAGAUCCUGGUUGACUGCAGAGACACCCUGAAGUAUGGGGUUCGCACAGGUCAUCCUCGAUUUUUCAACCAGCUCUCCACUGGAUUGGAUAUCAUUGGCUUAGCCGGCGAAUGGCUGACAUCAACUGCCAAUACCAAUAUGUUUACAUAUGAAAUUGCACCAGUAUUUGUCCUCAUGGAGCAAAUAACGCUUAAGAAGAUGAGAGAGAUAGUUGGAUGGUCAAGUAAAGAUGGUGAUGGUAUAUUUUCUCCUGGGGGAGCCAUAUCCAACAUGUACAGCAUCAUGGCUGCCCGCUACAAGUACUUCCCAGAAGUUAAGACGAAGGGCAUGGCGGCUGUGCCCAAACUGGUCCUCUUCACCUCAGAACAUAGUCACUAUUCCAUAAAGAAAGCUGGGGCUGCACUUGGCUUUGGAACUGAGAAUGUGAUUUUGAUAAAGUGCAAUGAAAGGGGGAAGAUAAUUCCAGCUGAUUUUGAGGCAAAAAUUCUUGAAGCCAAGCAGAAGGGGUACGUUCCCUUUUAUGUCAAUGCAACUGCUGGCACGACUGUUUAUGGAGCUUUUGAUCCGAUACAGGAGAUUGCAGAUAUAUGUGAGAAAUAUAACCUUUGGCUGCAUGUCGAUGCUGCCUGGGGUGGUGGGCUGCUCAUGUCCAGGAAGCACCGCCACAAGCUCAAUGGCAUAGAAAGGGCCAACUCGGUCACCUGGAACCCUCACAAGAUGAUGGGUGUGCUGUUGCAGUGCUCUGCCAUUCUCGUCAGAGAAAAGGGUAUACUCCAAGGAUGCAACCAGAUGUGUGCAGGAUACCUCUUCCAGCCAGACAAGCAGUAUGAUGUCUCCUACGACACUGGGGACAAGGCCAUUCAGUGUGGCCGCCACGUGGACAUCUUCAAGUUCUGGCUGAUGUGGAAAGCAAAGGGCACAGUGGGAUUUGAAAAUCAGAUCAACAAAUGCUUGGAACUGGCUGAAUACCUCUAUGCCAAGAUUAAAAACAGAGAAGAAUUUGAGAUGGUUUUCGAUGGCGAGCCUGAGCACACAAAUGUCUGUUUCUGGUACAUUCCACAAAGCCUCAGGGGUGUUCCAGAUAGCCCUGAGCGACGGGAAAAACUACACAAGGUGGCUCCAAAAAUCAAAGCCCUGAUGAUGGAGUCAGGCACGACCAUGGUUGGCUACCAGCCUCAGGGGGACAAGGCCAACUUCUUCCGGAUGGUCGUCUCAAACCCAGCUGCUGCCCGGUCUGAUAUCGACUUCCUCAUUGAGGAGAUAGAAAGACUGGGCCAAGAUCUGUAAUCACCCUUCUCCGAAUCUAAGUUUGUGAGAAUGCCCUUUCCCCCUCUGACACUCUAGAACAAACCUCUCUACAAGUUGCUGAAACACACCGACCAUUUCACUGAGGGAAAAUAUAAUAUCCUGAAGACUACUGUUAAAACCCUAUUUAAGCUUGUUUCUUAUAGUUAGCAGGAAAUAAUGUUCUUUUUAAAAUGUUGCACAUUAGGAAAACAGUAUAUAUGUACAGUUAUAUAUACCUCUCUCUCUCUAUAUGUAUCGUGAGUGUGGCUUAGUAAUAGAGCACAGCAUGUUUCCUGCUCCAAGAGAAUACACUUCACCUUCAGCAGUUACUGAGGGGCUAAACAUGCUGUACACCAGCUUGCCCAACCACCACAGGAAAGCUGUUUUUCCAAAUGCUGUGUCCUAGGGACCCAGGGAAAUGUUGUCGGUGGAAAUUGACCUCACUGUCAGUGUUUCUCCCACCUGAAGUAAUGAUGGAUGAGAAAAAGCACCACCACAUGACAAGAGUCACACCCUCCCCAUUAGUAUCCUGUUAGGGGAAAACAGUAGCAUUGUUACAGGUGUACUAUCGCUGUAUUCUUAGAGAUUAAUUUGUGUAGAUUGUGUACAUUACUGUUGUCUAACCUUGGUGGGUGUGGGGAGGCAGAACACGUGUAAUGAUGUCAAUGACUGUUUAAUUGUAGGUCAAUGAAAUAUUUGCUUAUUUAUAUUCAGAGAUUUACCAUGUUAAAGAGGCGUCUUGUAUUUUCUCCCCAUUUGUAAUGUAUCUUAUUUAUAUAUUAAUGAAGUAAGUUCUGAAUAUGGUUUAUGGUAUUUUUGUGCAUUUGUGAGCCAAAGAGAAAAGAUUAAAAUUAGUGAGAACUGUAUUUAUAUAUGAGUGCCCUUAAAAUAAUGAUUUAAGAAUUUUAUUGUCUGUAAAAGAAUUCUGAUACUGUACAUAGAGUCAUAUAUAUAUAUGGAAACCCUGUGACUUAUAUAGCGCCUGCUCUUCUAUUCCCCUCUCUGUCUGGCUGUACGUCUGGUGUUCUCAAUGCUUUUCUAGUAACUGUUGAUUGAUAACUAGACCUCCUGUAAUUUUGUAGUAGUUCAUGACCAAUCCCUGUGACUCGCUUAGCUGAAACCUAAGGCAAUGUUUCUGAAGACCUUCCGAAGAGCUCAGAUAAAUUGACCAGGCUCACAACUGUUUUUGAAGAAAGGAAAUUCACACUGUGCGUUUUAGAGUAUACAAGAAGAAUACAAAUAAAUAAAAAAUAUUCUCCAUGGAGAAUUUGAACAAAUUUUCUUCCAGUUUAUGUUUCACACCGAUAUUUCCAAUUAUAGCUACUCAGAUCACCCACACCCCAUCCACUAGCUGGUUUUAAGGUCAUGCUCAGUACCCUGAUUAGCUGAGAGACUCAACCCACUGUCAUAGGCUCCUGAGCCCCUCAUCUAUAAAGUCAUUAUGACUGUAAUUAAAUAAAAUUUGCAGUUCAAUCCUUGAGA